CGGCGAACAACCGAAUCCAGUGGCAAGCAAGGAUAUCUGCCCGUUAACUCAAGGACUUAGGAUUACUCUGCACCUGUGACUGCUCAUUCAGCAGCAGGCUGGGCAGCGCGAGAAAGUCCAGAGUCCAGCCCCAAAACUCAGUGGUGCUAGUAGCCAGAGGAUGGUCUACGAUAUGAGCCAUAUGGCGGCGGGUCCGCCGCAAAGCAUUUCGCUGAGUCGCUACUACCUGGUCGACGAGGAUGAGAUGGUGGGGCCGAAUAAUCCGCAUCUGGUCAACGAGGACUAUGCGGCCAGUACUACGCUGGACAUCGAUAAGCGUUUCCAGGCGCGAAUGGCGUGCGAAACGGCCGCACAACCGGCACCGCCACCGCCGCCCACGCCGGCGCCACGUCGCCGGACCACGCCCAUUGCCCAUCUGGAUCCCUCGGAAUUGGUGGGUCUAUCGCGGGAGGAGCGGCGUCGUCGCAGGCGGGCGACACUCAAGUACCGGACGGCACAUGCGACGCGGGAGCGCAUCCGGGUGGAGGCCUUCAAUGUGUCCUUUGCCGAGCUGCGCAAGCUGUUGCCCACAUUGCCGCCGGACAAGAAGCUAUCCAAGAUCGAGAUCCUCAAGCUGGCCAUCUGCUACAUUGCCUAUCUAAAUCAUGUGCUGGAGACGCCCUGAGACAGCGCCGGCGCCUCCA